AAUAAUAAGCAGUUUCGACGAAAAUUGGUGACGAUGAGUUUUCUAAGUGAACUAAAAAGACAAAAGAAUAAACUGAAAGAGACAGAAACUGUAGUGACCAAUGUAGAUGGUAAACGGUUUAUAGAAAAGGGGGAUGAGAGACAAAACAUUGCACAGAGCUCCUACGGGUUUGUUGUCGAUACAAAACCUGACGAUAUUCCUGUAAUGAUUGUAGAUUACAUGUAUAUAGGAUCACAGGAUUGUACAACCAAAGCUGUUAUUGAAAAGUAUAAUAUAAAACACGUUCUUAGUUUAGGAAUAAAUAUAACUGUUUCUGUUGAUCAUGAAUUUGUUGAAUGUUUAGAUUUGCCAGAAACUGAUAUACGGUAUUUGUUAAAAAAGAGUUUGAGUUUUAUAAGAAAAUCUGUAGAAUGUAAAGAGAAUAUUCUAGUGCACUGCAACGCGGGUGUAUCACGCACUUCAACUGUGGCAAUAGCCUAUUUGAUGCAAUUUGAAAGGAUGUCGUUUGAUGUUGCUUAUCAUUUGGUUAAAGAGAAACGACCGGCUAUACAGCCUAAUGCAGGUUUCAGGAAACAGUUAAAAGCUUUGUCACCGGGUAAUGUAAUUUAAGUACAUCGUCAAACCAUUAUACGUCUUACUCUGCUGAUGACGGACCUCCUCUAAAUAGAGGGAGUUGUAUAGUUUGCCAUGUUGACCCAAUGCGAGCUGAGACUUCUUUAUUAACCGUCUUUAAAAAAGGAAGACGUUCUCAAUUCGACUGUAUGUACGUUAAGAUAUAACUUUGUGAACCGAUUUUGAUGAUUCUUUUUUUAUUGGAAAGAUAGUACCUCAGUACUAGGUACUGUAGUCCCAUUAAAAUUUGAAGAAAAUAUUCCACCUCUUAGGGGCAAACUAGGGGAUGAAUGACUUUUGAGAUCUGUUUUUUUAGUACUGAGAUCGUUA